AUGAAGGAAUAUAAGGUUGUAGCACACCCGAUUACGAGGCGAGAGGACCAUCAAGCAGGGUUGAUCCUGCCAGUUCCAACCUCCAGCCACCUUGAAAUGAAGGAAACCUCCUCGUUUGCCUUUCAGACCAGCGACUCGGUCGACUUCUGGUACCCUCAUCGAGGCUCGGAGUCUCGUGCGUCGACAAAUCCCUUCUUCGCAGACCGGGAUCCGCUCGGUCCCCUGCCCUCCCCCUCGGACUCCUGGCUAUUGCAUCAGCCCCAAAGUGCCGCCUGCCUCUACCACUGCGAGCCCAACUCCCACCCUCAGUUGCUGCCCUGGCCUCCGCAUCGGCACUACCAUCGACACCAACAUCACAACCAUCCUCACAAUCACCAGUGCCAUUGCCUCGACAGUAAACACAACCAAUCGUGGCACCACCAUCACUUCUGCGGUAGCAAGCAUCGAUUCUCCCUGACAACCACGAGCCGACCUCGGUCAGUCGUCAUGUCACCGGCACGGCAACAUGCGAACUCCGAUUCGCCAAAAUGCUGCCUUCUCUGCCCCCGACAACACGAAGACCGAUGGCCAAGCGCCUGUGACCAACACCAACACCAACACCAGCAUCUGCAUCAUCGCCAACACCAGCAUCAGCAUCAGCAUCAGCAUCAGCAUCAGCCACAACGCCAUCGCAGACAACUGCCUGCAGAGUCGUCGGCCUUCGUCGGGAGGCGAGGGGCGGUCGUUAGCGCGGAGGAGCUCAAGUCUCCGGAGCCCAACGCCUGGGUCAGUUGGCGUCCGAUUGUGCGUCUGGAGUCGGUGACCAGCGAGAUCGUCUCUUCGGAUCACAUGCCCGACUUGCCGAGUCAGGUGCGGCUUCGCCGAGGUCCGGCCUCCACACGACAUGCCAGUUUCCCUCGGGAAACAAGAGCUCUUCCUCACGCGAAAGCAGAGCGUAAACACACCAGACGGACCGAGUUCAAUGAGACCCGCUGCCGGCAGCACCGGUCACGCAGUCCCAUCUGCCUCAACUCGAACGGACCAGCCUUGAAAGCGGACAAGUGGGCAGAAGCGGAUGAAAAUCAGUAG